AUGUCUGCCAUUUUCAAUUUUCAGAGUCUUCUGACUGUAAUCUUGCUGCUUAUAUGUACCUGUGCUUACAUCCGAUCUUUGGCACCCAGCAUCCUAGACAGAAAUAAAACUGGAUUGUUGGGUAUAAUUUGGAAGUGUGCCAGAAUUGGUGAAUGGAAGAGCCCUUAUGUAGCAGUGUGCUGUAUAGUGACGGCCUUCAGCAUCCUCUUCAUACAGCAGCCUGGCAAAAUGCCAGACUUUAAUAGCGAUCAGAUUUCAAUAUACAAAGGGAUUUAUCAACAGAAAAUAAUGGAAAGAAUGGUUUACCCUUUUAUCUCAGAACACUGA